UCGCCUUCCUAUGAAGCAAGUCAAAAAGAUGUUUCGUUUUACUCCUCUGUGCCUGGUUCUCGUCAGUGUCUUUUCUUCAGCAACAAGGUAACAGUAUUUCUAAUUUAUACCUGAUUUGAACAAAUGACGAGUUCGUGAAACAAAAAUAUCUUCACUCUCUUGAUGAGAGGCUGUCCCUAGUUUGCCUUCAUUUUACCUUGUUUACACUAAGAUUUUUCACCCUGUGAAACAAAUUUCAAAAUUUAUACUUUAAAUUAAGCUUUGUUCGGUUACACGACUGUGCUGUUUUAGACUUCGUCUGCUCCUGUGCUUUCGCUUUAAUGCAAAAUUGAUACAGAAGGUUUUAAGACAUUUAUAAACACACACUUUCGAUUAAAGCAAUACAGAAGAGCUAAAAAGGUUUCUAUAUUAGUUAAUAACAUUGACCGAAAAUUGAUAUAAACUUAAUGAUUUUUAACCCUAAUUGGAAUGAGCUAUGAUGACUCUUUUCCAUGCAUUUCAACGCCUCUAGAAAAUCCCUUUCGGGCGGCUUUCGAAACACUUUUGAUUACACCAUAAACAGCUUUCAGCAGCCUCAAACAGUGAAAUUUCGGUAAAAGACAGAAAACAGAGUUUUAAGACAUUGAGUUACACAUCUAGCGCUUUUUUGGAGUAUCAGUAAAAUUAAUAUACAAUCACAUUUCAGAUUCCGCACAAACUAAAGUACUAACGCGGGUUAAACAUUACUUACGUAGGGCUCUGGAUAAGAAUAUCAGAUAUAAAGUGCUAGAGAUGGACCCAAAGGGAAAUCUUUACCUUCACAGGACUGCGCUUCUCUGCAAGAAUGAUAUAAUCAAACGACUCGUUAGCGGCAAAUACCAUCUCGUAGAAUCGAGCCCCAUUGGUAAGUCACUCAAUAUUUCCCACAUAGGAAACCAGCGAAGGGCUUUAUAAGUACUGUGAUGAGUCGUAUGCUGUAAUGCUUCCAGACUUGUACUGAAUUCGCAUUGAAUUAGCUUACUCUUGAACUGCUAUAAUGUUCGAAAAGAAAAGGAGUUCUACAGUGCCAUUUUAUAUGUUUUCGUGCUUCCUUAAGCCACAUUUUUUUCCAACAAUAACUGAAAGGGAGUGCUGGUACUUUCCUAACUGAAGAAAACUCAGUUUAAUUUAACUCGUUUUCGUUAUGAACGCAGGUUUGUCCAAAGAUUCUUCAGCACUCAAUUGCAAGCAUCUCAAAACAAAAGUGCCUUCUGCCACGUCAGGCGUCUACUGGAUUGACCCGGAUGCUGGUUCCCAUAGCAACGCUUUCCAAGCCUAUUGCGACCAACAGACGGACGGGGGAGGCUGGACUUUAGUCUGGAGUUAUACCUUCACAGCUUAUUCAAGCUUCACGUCUAGUGCAAACGCUGUCACUCCACGACCUGCAUGGACAGCCCGCGGCGCUAACACACGAGUGUCCGCCACAGUUCCACUGAGCGAGACGCAUUAUGAAGCUAUGAACUUUGCUUUGUGGCGCUCCAUUGGAAAAGAAUUCCUUAUCAAGAGUAACAUCAACAACUGGAUCGCUUGCAAGGACGGUUCUGGAAGUCUCGUGAUGCAGAAAGCGGGGUCCCUCUACUGUAAACUGGUCAAACAAGUUUCAAAGCAGUGUGCCGGUGCUGUGCCAAAGUCCAUCGUGAUGGACAGUAGCGGUCCUUAUCUCAACAGUGCAAACCUCUACUAUUUCUUCGACGGUAAUACGGGUGGAAAUUGGCCCACACAUGAUCCAUGUGGCAAAAAUCAAGUGAAUCAAGUAAAAGGUGUGGUUAAUCCACAUGGCAAUAUUUUUGUUCGAUGAGAAAUUUCUCAAGCGCAUGCUGAAUAUUGGGGAGGAACCAAAGAUAAAAUCGUUAAAUGCUAAUAAGCUCUCUAAGGGACUGUAAACAAAACUAGUAGCAAAAAGUUAAACUUAACAACUGAAAACUAUACUACGGUUGUGUGGCAACAGGAGGCAGCGGAACCUUGUAAAUGAAUAGCCAAU